CGAGCGGCGGCAGUCGGUCGAGAGCGCGCAGCCGAGGCGUGCGUUGCGCAUCGGACGUUGUAUUCUUUAUUCAAAAACUGCGCCAAUUUGAAAGUUUGACAAAAAAGUUUUUAAUUUGUGUAUAAUCUGUUCUGUGACCACGUGACAUUUUAUAGGAUUGAGAAAAGGAAUUUUUACUAAUAUUUUGCAGUGUAUUGAUGUCUAACUACCUUUUGCUUUAGCUCCGUGGAUAUAAAAGGGCCGGCACGAUGUUGCAGCAGAUCCUGCGCGACAUGUGGGUGGACCCCGAGAUCCUGGCCGAGCUGGACGAGACGCAGAAGCAGACGCUCUUCUGCAAGAUGAGGGAGGAACAGGUCCGUCGCUGGCAGCUCUGGGACGAGAAGGUCGGCAAAGAGGAUGAGAGGCCUAAGUUCCAGAAGAAUGGCAAGAAGCAAGUGCAGUUCCUCACGGGAGAGGACGGAGAGCCAUGGGUGUGGGUGAUGGGCGAGCACCCUGACGACAAGUCGAUAGAGACGAUCCUGGCUGAGGAGGCUCGGGAGAAGGCGAUCGCGCAGGCGCGGCAGGAGGUGCAGCAACUCAGGAAGUCCGUCGAGAAGGAACUCACGCAACUCAUCGAAUACAAGCCGCUCGAUGAUUUAGAACAGAAAUUCGAUCUAUCCCCGAAAACGAUAGACCCGUUAGAAGACACGCUGGAGAUAUACUGCACAGUGGACGAGCUGCGGCAGAGGAUCGAGGCACUGGAGCCUGAUGUCAAGCUGGAGCAGGACGACCUGGACAAGCCAGACUUCAACGACGCCUUGAAACUCGACCUCAAUAAGAACACGCUUCACUUUAACUUUAUCGAGGGCAAGAGAGAUGUACUGCAGGACAUGGGUGUGGGCGCCGGUGGCGACGGGGUCAGUGUGCUGGUGGCGGCCUGGGAGCGACGUGUUGCGGCCGCCCGCGCCGGGGACAUACUGCGGGGGAUCCGCGCCAAGCGGGCCCGGGCCAUGAGGCUGGCGCACCACGCCGCCCAGACACAUGAUGCAGCCUGGCGCGACCAGGAGCGUAAAGCCAAGGAAGCAGAAGCAAGCAUGCGAGAGAUAGCGCGCGCCGCGAGAGAGGCGCACCGGCGGAGUGCACACCUCGAAGCACCGCCAGACACAACACAAGCGGGCAAACCACCCAACAGGGAAGCAGUACUGGAGUGGUUCCAGACACACGAAUUGAAGAGAGGCGUUGGAUUUGACGAGAACAAUGAACCAGUUGAUUGGUUCCACGGUCUGAUCAGCCGGUCGGAGGCAGAAGCAGCACUGUCAGGUUGUCCUGCGGGGAGCUUCCUCGUGCGUGUGUCGGAGCGGGUGUGGGGCUACGCGGUGACGUACCGCGACGCGGCGCGCUGCAAGCACUACCUCGUCGAGGCCGCGCGCGCAUACAGGCUGCUGCCUACUGGACAAGUCGCGCAUGACACGCUUGCUGAUCUCAUAAACUACCACAAGACGGUCCCGAUCACGGAGAGCGGCGGCGAGCUCCUGAUCACCGCGUGUCCCCCGCCACAGAGGCCCGACAUACUGACCGCGCCGCCAUCUUGAACACGCGCGGCCAUCUAUGACGUCACGCCGUCUCGUACAGGCACAGCCAGACACCAUACUGUCAAACCUCUAUUACAUUUUCGACCUUACCACAAUAGUGAUAAAGUUUGAAAUGUAUUGUUUGGUCCGGAUCGGAGUUGGUUGAUCUUCUGUACUCUUUAAGCUCAUUAGCUUGAAACUAUUUAAUACUUGCACUGUUGUCUUGUAAAAGGGCAUUAUAAAAUGCACGUGGUCUUUGCGUUUUGAUGAAAUUUACUAUUAAAAUGUAAGAAAUUUCACGAACGAGUGCCUUGUGUUGAAUAAAACAGUUGUUGAAUGUAAAUAUUCUUUGUAAAUAUAUUGAGACAACAUGUAGCUGCACUUGUUAUAUACUUACUAAAGCAAGUAGUGCCUUUUGUGGCAACGGUGUCAAGUCUAUCCAUGAGUCGAAUACCUAUUAUAUUAUACUUUAGAUGCUGUAAGCAGUCAGUUAUCAUAAUUAUGUCCUAUAUUGUGAAUACUAAGAGCGUGUCAUCAUCUACAUUUGUAAAUACCGUCGCACAUACACAGUUAUCACAUAAUGUGCUACAUUCCAAGCAAUCCAAGUAUGAAAUGACAUUUCGAUGCAAACCAAAUUCUCAACGGAUUCUAAAAAUGGUUUUAAGUCACUAUACCGUAUGGACAAACCUCUUAUGACUUAACUUAAACCACAUAUUUGUUAUCAUCUUGGCUGACGAUAUACGAAAAAUGAGCGAAGUAGGCCUAGUAGUUAAGCCAAAAAGUGCAUUAUUCUCUUUGAGCUAAUUUGAACACUAUACAAAUACGGCAAUAUAACAGCCGUGCCACAUGUCCGUAACAUUCAUAGACAACCUAAGACAUUACAGCUCUUCUGUGGUCAAGAAACAUGAAACUGAUCCUACAGAAUUUAAUACUUGAUUAAUUUCAUUAUUUAUUUUGUUUAAAAAUUUCGUUGAAAUAUUUUGUUGUAUUAUGCUUCUAUGGACGAGUACUACUUGUAGUUUCAUUUAAGUCAUAUGAGUGAUCUCCAUACUGUAUAUAGUGACACAACAUUGGUGCUAAUUCCACUCGUAUUAUAAUUAUAUUAAGUUGAUCUCGAUAGUUGGAAAACUGUUAUAUUUAAAAGAGAAACAUUGUGCAUUUCGUUAGCAGUAACUAAUUAAUGAACAAAAUUGUAAGUUAGUUGUUGUGUAGGCUAAUGUGAUAUUUACCAGUCCUUCGAACAUAUAGCGCUUCAGUAUUAUACCUACUGCUUUGAAACGAAAAUAUAUUGACGCUUAUUACAACUUUCUUGAGGUAGAAACAUACUUACGUGUCGUAGCGUGUUUAAGUAUAUCGGUUGACGCGUAAAUAUGUUUCCACCUUUAGAAAAAGACAGAAAGAACUAUGUUCUAUAGCACUAUCUUAUGUCGCAUCAAUAUAAAAUAAUAUAAUAGCUUAAACCCACUCAAUAAUGCAUCUAUUCAGUCACACAGUUGCGGUAAAGCCUCGUGUUCAUGGUAAACAUUUAUUGAGCAACAUGGUGUUGCUGAAUUGCUCUCAGCAUAUUGUUUAGCGGUGACUCCGCUGCGGAGUUGAUCGCGCUAUGUUGCAGAGUUGAUGCUCGGCGAGCGAAAACAAAAGUGUAUCAACAAAUGUUGACGUAUGUCGUGUUUGCAACUAUUUAUAAACACAAUGACAGUAUGGAGUGACAGGCAACCAUGUUGCUCAACAAAAUGUUUACCAUGAAUACGAGGUUAAAGUUGCAAGUUGCACAUAAACCCAAUCUUGUAACAUAAGCUCAGUAUAUUUUCGUGUAAUGCAAGUCCUGAUUCUGAUAAAUUAAGCCAAAGUUACUUCAGUACAGAAUCGGAGUCUUCAUGAUAAGCUGUUUAUGUUUAGCAAUUUUGUAUGCCAUUUGUAUCGUUCAUAGGUGACGUACGUCUAUGAUAUUAUUAUACUAUAGUCAUUAACUGCCAACUAGAAUAAAUAUUAUAAUAUUGAAAAAUA